AUGCCUGGCCGACGAAAAACGGGCAAGAAUGCCCCGAUUCUCAGCCAUGAAUUCGUCAUUACCAAUCAUGGCGAUAUAGUCUCUUGUAUCUGUAUGGUUUUCAUGAUGGGACUUAUGUUCCAGGUGAGAUUUUCGCUUUUUUGGGGGAGUAGUGUAGUCUUCGUGUUAGUAAAACCUUUCAAAAACCUAAUUCUAUUUCUUUGUACUGCUGUAUAACUAGGCAACGAGCAAAGUAGCGGCUGUAUUUAUUGCACCUCAGCAUAAUCUGACCAGGACUACUAACGGUAAGUCUGAUAAAGGAAAUCACAACCCUUUCUUUUCAAACGAUAUUAACGAAUGUACAUGUGAGGCCCGCACAUGCAACGACAUAUCAGGGUACCACGUGAAACGCAAUGUAUUUGCGCGGGUUUCAGAUUUUUUGUCUCUAAAGACAGCGAUCGUUGUUCAACUUUUAUUUUAAACAAGUAAAAAAUACGUAAUGCCGUUUUCGAAAGUCUCAUAAGAGCAUUUCCCAUCUUAUUUUAGCUUGGUGCUUUUAUUGUCGUGGGAAUAUUUGAUUGGUCAUUUAGUUGUAGACAAAAGGCCGGUACAGAUAUAUUCCUACCAUUCCUAAUUUGUUAAAGAUAAUACAUACUUUACUGUUUAUCUUUCCUAAAAUCUGCUAAGUAAUAUUUUGUGAAGUACUUAAGGUUGUUAACACUUGCUUAACUAACUUUGUGGGCUGAAACUGAAAAAGAUAUUUGUUAAAGGACCUGUUUAAAGACCCUGUGUCAAAUUUUCACCCCUAGUUGACCUACGUACACCAGAAAAUACUUUUAGCUCUUUAAAUGACCCUUGUAUUGGUUUGAAAUUUUUGUACAAUUAAAGAAUUUAAGUUACAUUUUGAGAGGUUAUUACUUUGACAAAUUCUAUGUAAAAACAGUCUGGACAGAUAUCGGGUGUCCAUUAAUCUCCUAGAUGAAAUAGACUUUUGGGUUUUUUAGUGCUUUAGUUGGGAAUUUCCCAUUUUUUUCCUAUAAUUCGAAAAUUUUCUUUCAUUCAUAGUACAAUUCUUGGGACAUUUUUGAACAUAUUUCAUCACUGAUGAUGAUUAACAAUCAUCACAAUCUUAAAAGCAAAUUCUGAUGGUCUGUACAUCAUGUAAAAAAACAUACAAUGCACUAAGCAUGUUAUAAUUUGGGGAAUGGAUCAAGGGGGGAGGGUGGUGUUGGUGGUGAUAAUAUGGGAUGGGGGGGGGUGGGUGAUGCAAAAGAGAAAGAAAUAGAUCUCCAGAUUUCAGAUCUCCAGAGGUUGACAUCUUUGUAUCAGAUUGACUCACCUUUAAGAGUGCACACUGCCAAAAAAAGGCUACAAAGCAAAACAGAUGAAGGUGGACCGUUAAAACACUUUUUAUUUGAUGAUUAGUUUCUUGAUUCUCGUGACCUCGAUCUUUGAUGGCAUAUACUUGUUUCACCCUACAGGUACUGAGGAACUGCCGACAACAUACACAAAUGGACCCAAAGAUUUCUGCACAAUUUUCUUUUACUCAUUAGCAUGGAUUGUUGUUCAUGCCAUCAUUCAGGAAUAUGUCUGGGAUGUAAGUAGAAAAGCAAAAUAUUUCCAGCCCUUUUAUGCUUAGGUCUUAGCAUAAGGAACUUUUUAUUAAUUUUGAUACCCGAAUGGCUUUCAUUCCGGAAUUUAGUUUCGUUCCAGAGUGAAGCUCAUCCUGCAUUGACGUGAUAAAAUUGACCAUCUCAGCCUAAGGCAUUCUCACUCAGGUGGUUUUUGUGCCAGAUUAGAUACACAUGUGCCACUCGCUCCAGACGACAUGAUUUGUGAUUUUUCAUUCCGGAACAAAGAUCCUUUUUAGUUUACAUGAUAGCAAAAUGAAAUUUCGUACCAGAAUGAGAAUUUCAUGUGGAUUGAAAACCAUGCAGAAUGAACUCGUUCCGGAAUGACUAGUAUGGGAACAAAAUGUCAUUUUGGUAUCAUGUGAACAAAUAAUACAGAGAAAUGUAUGAAGAUGGAAUGAAAUCCGUCCAGAAUGAAAACCCUGGUGAUUCUGGUAUUAUGUGAAUAGUCCCUAAGAACAAAAUCCCAUACGAAUAUUCCCUUACCCUUGCAUUCAGAUUUGUGUUCCUAAGAAAGAACAUUCUUUUAGCAAUGUUUAAAAUUCACAAAAGUUCCAAAUUCUUUUUGUAAAAUUCAAAGAAGUGAAUAACACCAUGUAAAUGUUCUGCCAAAGAUAGCUCAUUGGAUUCAAUGCCAUAGGAUUUCUUCCGUAGAUUUGAACAUAAGACUACUAAGUCAUCCCACCAUAAUUUGUGUCAAGGUCUACUACUUAUCGUGUUAUAGAACCAGCAACAAGAUCCGUUAGCUGAAAAUGCUUUUGAUUGUCCCCAAGUGCCAUUAUUUAAACUUAAUCUGGCUGUGGGUACUGUAAUGAGUGUAUUUUUUUUAUUGAUUACAGAAAGUCUCCCGUAAACUACGCCUUUCAAAAACAAAAAAUACCAAGUUUAAUGAUUCUGGGAUAUUACUUCCAUUCUACUUUUUCUUUGCUGCCUGGGGAGCAGAUAUCAUUUUGAAGGUAAAACAGUAUAUUUGUGUACAUUAUGAGAUACAUUAUUUUGUAUGCAUGAUACAGUAAAAUGAUGGAGACAUCCAAUUUGGUGGAGUCUAAGAAAAGUUUUAGGAAAUUCAAAUGGUGAACCUUUGAAACUCAUCCAUAGGGAGCCCAGGUUUAUAUCUGCUGUACUCCUAUCUUCAAAGGCAUAGCUGCCUCCAUCUUGGCUAAAUGCAUUUUAUACAAUAUUUUGUUAUUUCCUGCUUAAAGCAUAGUUCUUAGUGUUUGUGUUAAUAAUAUUUUUCUUUGUAGGAAGGAUUUAUUCCUCAUAUUUCAAAACUUUGGGAAGGCUACCCACAUAAUGAAAUGUCGUAAGUUCUCAGCACAUUUGUUAGUUCACUGCUUAAUAAAUUAAUUCUUAACCUUGAGGACUAAAAUUGACUUGAACCAGUUUCUUUGCCCUGUUAUUGGCCCAGGUAAAAAUAAAGUGACCCUUGAUGUCCUGUUUAACAUUCCAGAACUGUUGUAUAGUGAUGCAAUGUUGGCAGGCUGAGGGGUAUUUUUUAGUUUGCUGGGUGCUGAACGCCAAAUGACUGUGAAGUUUAGUGAUUACGGUUAGGAAACUGAGUGAAUUAAGUUUCAGGUCUGUUUUCCCAGUUUGAUGACUUGCGGCAAGUUUAAUGCAAGACCUUGAAAUGACCAAUUAAAUCUCAACUUUUAUUUGCCCUGCCCAUUUCAGUUUUGCGUUCAACAUGCGGCUGCCAACUUUAGUUCUGCAACCCUCCUCUGAAAUUUUAUUCCAAGGCUGGACUCUACAGCUUGCCUGUAAAAGUACCACUGAUUGCUAACACCUUUGCCACAAAAACCUAGCACAUCAAGAACUGUGUGCUGAUGAUGAUGAUAAUAGAGACUUUUAGAUUCUAAGACUAGAACAACUACGAGUACAAGAUUUUUCUCUAUACUAAGUAGUGCUCGCUUGUGAAUCAGCGUCAUUUGGGUGGGUAAAGAUGAUACAGUGUAGUACAGUAGCCAUCAUUCUAUGAUGAGUUCUUGCUAGAAUGUCGUAGUGGUGGAAACAAAUUAUCAAAAUAAUGUUGGAAGUUUAAUCAUUUUGUGAUUGGGGGAGGGCUUAACCACCUUCAAUAAAGAUUACAGUGGUAACUUUUGUGGUGAAAACAAAGUGAAAUGAAGCUUUCUGGGGUGUCUAGUUCUUGAGAGUACACAAAAACUUGAAGCGAACUGAAAUCCCAUACUCGUAGAUGUUCUCUUCCUCGAAUCUAAACUGGUCUCUAAUAUAUUGUGACUGAAAUAUACUCUAUCUGACACCCCUUUCAGAUUCACCCUCAAAUUCUACUUCAUUCUUCAAAUUUCAUUCUGGGUGCACUGCUUUCCUGAACUGUACUUUAUGCGAGCCAAACGGGUAAGUGCAGUGAUUGAAGCGGCUUUGGAUGAUAUUACCUCAUGUAAGACUUCAUAUAGUGUCCUGAGCCACUCUCAUGUUAUGAUGUGAGCACUGUGUCGUUUUGUGUUUUUUAAGAGGGAAGGGGGUUGGGUGAUUUUGUGGGUGCUGCAAAAGAGACAUUCUCGUGAUAUUUUAUCCCAGUGGUUGGCAUCUCUGUGAACUACUGGUAUCUGUUAAAUUUAUCUUGGGUGAUAAUCUCCUAAUUAUUGUCACUAAUCAUUUUGUUCCAUAAAGCAUUUGAUAUUAUGAGGAGAAAUAUUAUGAUGGUUAUCACUCUGAAUGGCUGUAAAGGCAAUCUUAUUAUAUAAUAUAUUGUAAUUACAUUGAUUAUCAUAACUCUCAAGUAAAGAUCAACCACAAUCAUUAUGUUACAUUAUUUUAAAGUACUUUAUCUUUUGUUUUUGGCAGGAAGAGAUAUUUCCCAAGAUUCAGUUGUAUAUUGAAUAUCUGCUUUUCAUCUGGGCUGCGUACAUGCUAAAGUAAGCAUUUUUGCUGGUGAUAUUACAAGCUUGAUCUCCAAGUUCAUUGUCUUCAAAGGACCCCUUAGAACUCUGAUAAACCUGGCAGCUUCUUUUUUUCUUUUUCCAAUUUUGCCACUAUUUAACUAAUUUUAUUAUAUUUUCAUUACACCUUAAGUUGAACAAAAUUAAUUAAAAUUGGUUUUAUUUUUGUUGUAGCUUUACUCAUAUCACCAUCUGUUGCCUGGUUGUUCAUUAUUUUGUGGAGUGCAUUAACCAUGCAAUGCGAAUGUUGCGUAUUAGUGGCAAAGAAGAUGUUGCCAAGACCUUGUAAGUACAUGUUUGUUGCAGCUGGAAGCUUGCUUAGGAAAAGUGCCAAAGUUGGUUAACUUCUAGAUUUCCUUCAAAAAUGCCUUGUGUUUGAUUGUGAAACAAAGGGAGAACUUAUCACGAGAUCAAGAUUCAUUUAAAGCCUUUUUCAAUGCACUCUUUCAUUAACCCUUUAAGCCCCAAUAUCCACAUACAAAUUCUCCAAACUGAUCUCCAUAUAUUUCCUUUAAGAAUUAGUUGAGAGAAUUUGAUAAAAGAUCAAAGUAUUUUUCUCUUAGGUGAUCAUUUUAUUAAUUCUCAUAACCUCAUCUCAUGACAAUGUAUGGAAAUCGUCAGGAGAAAAUUGCUGUUGGUCACUAUUGGGACUUAAAGGGUUAAUAACCAGAUGAAGAGACUUAAUUUUACAACCUGAAUACAGACACCUAGAAUUGGUUCCAGCUUCCAUCUUUGGGUCACUCCAUAGACUCCCAAUCAGACACUCACCUCUUUAAGACAAGCAUUUGAUGAACUUCUAGAUUCUCCUCAGAAAUGCCUUCUGUUUGACUGUGAAACUAAAGGAGAAUUAAACAAGAGAUCAAGAUUCAUUUAUAGCAUUUUGUGAUGCACUACUUUACUUUCACUAGAAGAGACUUAUUACCGUGCACCUGAAUAUCACCCUGCUAAAACAGACACCUAGAGAUGGUCAGACAGCCACCUAUUUGAGACAAGCAUCUUUGGUACUUUUCCGAACUGUGUCCAUCGUAUUAAUUUAAUCAGACGUGUAAAAUACAAUCACGGAAACCUCUUUAAGCGUAAUAUUAUUUCUUUUGUUCUCUCCUCUAGCUUCUGGGUUUGGACUUUUCUGUUUGCCAUUGCACGAUUUGCAAUAAUUGCUCUGACGUUUAUGACCUUUUGGUAUGAAGUUUCUUGUAAAUCAAUGUGACUUGCCUUUUGUCUUACAAUGUAGGUUUUUUGUUUGAUCCAACUUAUUCUAAAGUAUUAUGAUUAUUAUUUGUUUUUAAUGGUGUACAAUAGGUAUGGGCUUCCACGUCUUGAUAAUGCUGGUCUGAAUGUUAACCUGGGAAACUUCAACAGUCCACCUAUUCGGUAAGACUCCAAAGGAUAAUUUAUGUAGAUGAGUAGGUGAAAAUGUGAUGUGAUUUUUAAAAUUUAAUAAUGUCAUGAAUUUUGUAAAGAAAUAAAUUUAUUGUUGAGAGGGAGUUUAGAGAGAGGUGGGGGGUCAUUCAAAACUCGCUUGAAAUCAAGGGGUUGGAAUCUUUUUCUUGGCAUGCUGAUCAGCUUUGGUAUGUAAUAGUACAAAUAUCUUCUUAUUAAUACCUACUAUGCACAAUAAUGUUAGGCAAUGGUAGGGUCAAUAAAGCAUAUUCUGUUGAUGCAGGUGCAUUUCUACCAAAACUGUAGCAAAUAAAACACAAUGAUAAUGUGAUUCACUAACAGCUUUUAGGUAAUAAAUUUUGUAGCCAAGUGGUGACUUCUAAGGGUUUGAUUACUGGGUGAGGUAGGGGGAUAGGCCUAUUAAAAACAGAAAUCAGGCCCCCAUUGGGAAAGGGGUAUUAGAGAGGCUCAAACCUGUGCUGUGCUAUUGCAGCAGCCAGUAACCCCCCCCCCCCCUCUUUCCCUCCCCCCCCCCCUUCUUUCCCUCCCCCUCAGGCAACUUGCUCUACUGUACCCUUGGGACAACAAGCUAAGAAUCAUAUAACUUUAAAUUUCAUAAGCUUACAGCUUCUCCCAGUGGGGGAGAGGGAGGUGGGAGUACUCCCUUAUAUAAACCAUAUAGGUAUGUGCCGCCCCGAAGGGUAUGGUUUUUGUGCUGUUUUGGUCUGAAAACAGGUGUACAGUUUGCCCAUUUUGGUCUGGAAUCGGGUCGGUAUAGUUUCAGAAGGAACCACGGGGAAGAAUGUAUGUAUUUGUUGUUUCAAUUCCAAAUGAUUAGGAAAGAAAGGGAAAUGUGCGAAUUUGAAAGGUAUUUUAAGAAAUUUUUUGUUUGCAUUCUGAUCUAAGGAGGUCUGAAAACGGGUAUGGAUUUUAGAGGCCAGGCCUCAGUUGUUCAAAGGGUAGAGAGCCUUAUCCAUCGGCUAAAUCUCUAUCCUGUGGAUACUGGUGUGGAAAAUGACAGGUUUUUGUCUGAAAUGGGGCCAUGAUUUGGAGUACUGGGUACACACACCCACCAAGAAUUAUUUCCAGGAGUAACCCCUCCCCCGCCCCCCCACCCCUCUUGCUAGCUCUUAUGACUCUCAAGGAUUUAUUUUAUUAAUUCUACCAGUGAUAUGUUUAUAUAGUGCUCUGUGGAAAUUUAGAUUAUUUUAUGCUUGGAUUUUGAGUUAAGUGAUCAGUGCAUUAUAAAUUUUGUCAUCAGACUCACUGCAAUGGCUGGCGUUAUCCUUAUGCAAGCAUGGUUGGCUUGGAACUUCAUCUGUUACCAGAUCAGGAUGUGGCGUGAAUAUGCUGCCAGCACUGCUACACCUUCCAAGAAGAAGGACAACAAAAAGAAGAGCAAGAAGGAGAGCGAAAAGAAGAAAAAGGAAGAAGUUGUUGCCGAGGACAGUGAGGAGGCUGAUGCUGAGGAAUACGACAAAGCUAAUGGAUCCCCAAAAGCUGUUAUUAAAGCCAAGAAAGCAUAGACCAGAACAGAUUUCCUGAUACUUGGACAGAUUAAUUCUGAGGACAUCAUCAGGUUGUUAUAGAGGGGAUUUAGCCAUGACAGAAAGAAAGAUAUUGCACAAGCGGACGUGUUGAAGUGCUGAAAAAGGUUAACCCUUAAUUUUAUGGCCCAAUAUCCACAUACAAAUUCUCCAGAUUGAUGUUCAUACAUCCCUUAAAAAAUUUGUUGAGAGAAUUUGUUAAAAGGAUCAAAGUGUUUUCUCCUUGAUAAUCACUUUAUUAAUUCUUGUAGCAUAUUGUUAGGAGAAAACUGAUGUUGAUCACUCUUGGUAUUUAAAGGGUUAACUGCAAGCAUGGCAUAUGAGUUGUCAUGGUAACUAAUCUAGCCAAGAUAAGCACUUAAACCUUUAAACCAACAAACCUAGCUAUUUAAAGAAAAAUAUAUUUUUAUGAUAAACGAAUUCACUGUCAUUGCUAAAUCUGUACCUUUUUGGUAGACUGAGAAAACAGCCGAAAUUUUGCAUUACCUCCACUGGUUUCUCUGCAAAAUGAUGUAGACCAUGUAAGGAACAAAAUGUGCAAAAAUGACUACUCUAACGGGUAUUCGCUUUAACCCAGCAUGCAAAGAAAGUCGUGUCCGAUAGCCCGGGGCUAGUGGAUUUUGCUAUCGGGCUAGUGAUUUUUGUUCUUAACUUGUUUGACAGGCAAGUGCUGUUUUUUGAGCAAAUUCCAAUUACAGAAGGAUUGUAAUCAAUCCUGCUAAUCAUUAAGAGUUUUGGGGCUAGUUGAAAUGACUUGUGGGCUAGGACAUGCUAGCUACAGCUUCUUUGCACCCUGUUUAACCCAUCUAAAGCACUAACCAGGUUUGUGUAGUGACAUGUCAUGAGUUUGGAUUUUCUUUGCUCAUUCCAUACCCGUCAUUGCACAAGGAGAUCAGUGGUGAUGUUGCAAAUUGCCAGCUGUUUUCUUAAGCUACCUUUCUUGCUUGGUGAAGAUAAAUGAUGCAGAACAGAAUACAGCUACUCUGACAACAAAACAUACAGACAACGACAGGGUAAACUGUAUUUACUCAAGAGAGCACCAUAGUGCAUAUAUAAUUUGUUCGUUUGGUGCUUAUUUGGGGACAGCAGUUAUUUUGGGGCAGUGAUUGUUGAAAAGCGUUUAACUUGGGUACCUUCAUAAUCGUCAAUGACUGUUAUUUCUUUCUUUCCUUUUUUUCUAUUUUUUUUUCUUUUUUGUUCAAACAUGUUAUUUGAUAUCUUAGGAGGUACAUAGUAAGAGUUACUUUUAAAGUUCUAUCUUAAGUUGACUACAAGUGACUUUUUAAGUGUUGUCACCCAAGUGAUUUUUGAGCAAAAAUACUUACUAAUGACUCUGGCGAAUGGGACAACCUGUGUAAUGAAUUGGGAGGAAGUGAAAGUUCUAUUUUUAGUUUGACUAUUCAGUCAUAGUAUACAGAGAAACGUGAUCUACAGACUUUGGUUUGAAUUCUUGAUACUUACAAUGCAACUACUGUAUUAAAAAGGACAAAAUUGUCCAAUUAGAUCACAGGAAAGCAGCGAUACAUUACGAGAAAGCUCCGGUAGAUUUUUUUUAGCAAAUCAGCAGGUCAUAAGGAAACGAUAAGCAUCUCAAAGCAUCGGUUAUUAUUUUCUUUUAAUCAGAUUUGUCAAUUCUGACCAGGUUACAGUAGGAACACUGUAAUAAUAGAUUUAUUAUGUCAAAGUGUAAGAGAGAGUGUUUUGUAACAUGGGUUACAUUGCAAGGGAUAGGGG